AUGGCUAGCAACGAGUACUGUGACAGCGACGGCAGCGAUGUGGAGUUGGGAGAGAGUGUGGAGUUUGAGAGGGAGGUGGAGUGGAACCCCAUCUCCAAAACCGAGAUGAAAACGUUUGUCGGGCUCUGCUUCACUUUUGGGGUCCUGAAACUGCCAGCACGCCGGGAUUAUUGGAGGCAGACCAAGUGGCUGUACCAAACACACGUCCCCAAGGCCAUGGCACGGGAUCGUUUUGACAUGAUCUGGAGAUGUCUCCAUCUCCAAGAUAACAUGGACCCUGCUGUGGACAAGUCCGACAAGCUCUGGAAGCUCCGGGGAUUCAUGGACCUCCUCCUUGCCAAAUUCCAGGAUCUCUAUGAGGUCAAUGGCUUUGUCACCGUGGAUGAGUCCAUGGUGAAGUUCAAGGGACGCCUGGCCUUCCGGCAGUACCUCCCCAUGAAGCCAGUAAAGUGGGGAGUAAAGGUGUGGGUGAUGGCGGAAAGUAAGACAGGCUAUGUCAAUAAUUUACAAGUUUACACGGGGGCCAUUCAGGGUAAGGCUGAGAAAGACCUGGCUCACAGAAUUGUGAUGGACCUGGCCAAACCUUACUUUGGAUCCAACCUCACCAUAUACAUGGAUAACUUUUACACCGGUGUCCCAUUGAUGGUGGACCUCAAGAACAGGGGGGUACAAGCUUGUGGGACGGUGCGUGCCAAUAGAAAGGGCCUCCCCAAGAGCAAGGACCUCACGAAGCAGGCUGGCAUGAACAGGCACCAAUUCAAGCUGGCGCAGCAGGAUGACCUGACCUUCUGCAUAUGGCAGGACACCAAGGCAGUGAUGGUCCUGUCAAAUUUCCAUGACCCGACAGCUUUUGGGUCAGUAAGGAGGAAGGCGAAUGGUCAACGCCAAGUGGAGGUUCGUGUGCCAGCCUGCCUUGCUGACUACCAGCAGCACAUGAAGGGGGUAGACCUGCUGGACCAGAUGGUGGGAUACUACCAGAUCCAGCAUAGGUCUACAAAGUGGUGGAGGAGGCUUUUUUUUAAUUUCCUCACGGUGGCGUGCUACAAUGCCUUUGUGGCUGCCAGGUCUGCAGGAGGAGCCGACUGGAAAUAUAGGAGGGGGGGCUACAAAGACUGGCUGGAGGAUCUGACCAUGGAGCUGAUCGUCCCGGUCACCAAAAGAAGUGCUCCCCAGGUGCUCCCCACAAGCCCAAUUGGAGCUUCUGCUGAGCAUGACCUGGUCCAGCUAAACACAAAGAGGAAGACCUGCAGGGAGUGUUCUCUGAAGCACAGCAGCACCGACGUGCGUCCUGGGUCCACGCUGAUGGGGUGCAGGCAGUGUGACCUUCCUCUGCACCGCGAGUGCUUCACGCAUCACGUCCUUCGCCACGAGAGAUGA